CCUUCCUGCUCAAAACAGCUUGACUUGUCAAAGCCUGGAGCAGGCUGUCCGCGGGAAUGCAGCGUGUUGAGUGGAAGUAGAACAUGAGCGUUGUUGCUGGUGGCAGGGACACGCACGUCGUGACACGCGCAACGCUUUUCUUUCUCUCUCUCGCAAGAUGCGGGUAACUGAGAGCGAAGCUUGAUCGAGAAGACUUGUACUGCGGUUCUCCCCCCGUACACAGUCAGCAUGUCGGAGCGAGGAGGAGUUCAGCGAGCGGGAGUCGCGUCUCCGCACCUGCAGCCCUUCAAGUCGGUCAGCAUCCCAUCAAAUCGCCCGGUGCAGAUGAACCUGUUUGCGACGUGGGAGAUCGACCGCUCCUCUCCCAGCUGCGUGCCAAGACUCCUCAGUUUAACUCUUAAGAAACUGGUGAUGUUAAAGGACCUUGACCGAGACCUUACAUCAGUAGUCAUUGCAGUCAAACUUCAGGGCUCAAAGCGAAUCCUGCGCUCUAAUGAAAUCCUCCUGCCAUCUCCUGGGCUCACCGAGACAGAUUUACAGCUCACUUUCUCCCUUCAGUAUCCACAUUUUUUGAAGAGAGAUGCGAAUAGGCUGCAGAUCAUGCUCCAACGUAGAAAAAGGUACAAGAACCGUACAAUCCUGGGAUACAAGACACUAGCACUUGGCCUGAUUAAUAUGGCAGAGGUGAUGCAGCAUCCCACUGAAGGUGCUCAGGUGUUGCGUCUGCAUACUAAAAUAAAGGAGGUGGCGGUACCCGUGGCUGAGAUCAGGGUCUACUCGAUGUCUAGUCAACCUGUAGACCCAGAAGGACCAAAGGCCAAACUGUCUGAUCGAUCCCCUGACAUUGAUAACUACUCUGAGGAGGAGGAAGAGAGCUAUUCGUCUGAGCAGGACGGCAGUGAUGAUCCAUUACACCAGUAUCUUUAUGACGAUGAAGAUGAAGUAAGGAAGAAGAAACCCCGCCGUAAACUCACCUCUGCUGCCUCCAUUACAAGAGCUAAUCAGCCUAACAUCAAGCAGAAAUUUGUGGCACUGCUGAAAAGGUUCAAAGUUUCUGAUGAGGUAGGAUUUGGCCUGGACCACGUGUCCCAGGAGCAGAUCCGUGAUGUGGAGGAAGACCUGGAUGAGCUCUACAACAGUCUGGAGAUAUACAACCCCAGUGACAGUGGACCAGACAUGGAGGAGACAGACAGCGUCCUUAGCAUGCCCAAGCCCAAACUCCCGCCAUUCUUCGAAGCUAUGUCUCAGUCCAGCUCUCACAAUGAGUUUGGCAGUCUAAGCAGCAGACGUUCUCUAAGCAGAGACACACUUAGUGCUCAGCAGGGGGAACAGACUGCAUCGAGUAAAAUUCAGCGCUCCAGUAGUGCACACCUGGAUGAUGCCUUCUCCGAGACAGAGACAGUGGAGCUGAAUGAGGUGGAGGUUUUGAGCGAUGGAACUCCAAGCAUCACGGUUUCUGUGGCAGAGAGACCACGAACCCCACAGAGGAGCAGCAGCCAAACCAUGCCCUCCCCAAGGCUGGAUGGUGGUCAUACUCCUAAGCAUAAGCGAGGGACUCCUUUGAAAGAGAGGCAGCUGUCUAAACCUCUUAGCGAACGGACAAACAGCUCAGACAGUGAGCGCUCACCUGAGCUCAGCCUCACUCCGCAGAUGCCGAGGAAGAUUGUGUAUGACCAGCUAAACCAGAUCUUGGUGUCGGACACGACCCUGCCUGACAGCCUCAUCCUCAUUAACAGCAGUGACUGGCAAGGACAGUAUGUGUCAGACUCCCUGCAGGCACAGAAGCAUCCAGUGGUGUGUACCUGCUCAGUGUCUGAGAUUCAGGCCGUGCUCUCAGCUCUGCUUACUCGCAUUCAGAAGUUCUGUAACUGUAACUCUGUCACACCUAAACCUGUGAAAGUGGUGGCUGUGGGAGGACAGAACUACCUGGGAGCCAUCUUGCGCUUCUUUGUGUCUCAGCUAGCCAACAAGACGUCUGACUGGCUGGGGCAUUUAAGGUUUCUCGUGGUACCACUAGGUUCUCACCCUGUAGCUAAGUACCUUGGAUCACUAGACAACCGUUACCGUUCGGUUUUCCUCGACAGUACGUGGCGGGAGUUCUUCAGUCGGACAGAUCCUCCUCAACCCGGUACAUACCUGCCGUUAGUGCUACUCUUUCAGACGUCAGACUGCAGUUUGUUUACGUUGCGUUUGUGUUCAGGUUUAUCGUCUGCAGAGUGUGUGGACGUAGCUGGACGCAUCGGUCAGUACAUUGACGGAGCUACAGUUACUUAUCAGCUACCUAUUGCUGAGGCUAUGCUCACCUGCAAGCACAAAAUGCAAGAUGAUGAUUCCUAUCAAAAUUUUGUCCCCUUCGUGGGUGUGGUUAAAGUCGGUUUGAUCGAGCCCAUGUUUGGAUUGGCAGUUGGCGACUGCGAGGAGGGAAUCUCUUUAAGUCUAAUAGUUCCUUCAACUUCUCCUCCUGCUCAUGCAAUGUCUGCUGGGAUGAUGAAAGAAUCUGCCACUCCUCCCCCUUCACCAUCUCUCAGUGGUGUUCAUGGAAGUCCCAGCAUGUCUCACGGAACAGACGCCAUAGGGCUGCAGGUGGAUUACUGGGUGGUUGAAAAGCGUAAAGACGGUGAGAGGAGAGACACCAAGAAUACCCUGAAGAGUGCUUUCAGAUCCUUACAGGUCAGCCGGCUCCCCAGCUCCAACAUUGCAGAGCUCCAGCCCAGCUCCUGCACCAUGGCCAUGACUGUGGUCACCAAGGAGAAGAACAAGAAAGUCCCUACUAUUUUUCUGGGAAAGAAACCAAAGGAGAGGGACAUGGAGCCUAAGAGCCAGGUGAUAGAGGGGAUCACCAGACUCAUCUGUUCUGCUAAGCAUCAGCAAACAAGUCUUAGAGUGUCUGUUGAUGGGAUGGAGUGGAACGAUGUAAAGUUCUUCCAGCUGGCAUCCCAGUGGCCCACUCAUGUGAAAUAUCUGCCAGUUGGUCUGUUCAGCUGCAGUAAAACUGCCUCCUAGUGGCGUUUCAUCUGAACCAAACCACUUCCAAAUGCUCUUCCAGGCUAUAUCUAAGGACAGUUGAUUUAUUUUAUUUUUUUUCCUUUUGGAUGUUGGUGUGUGUGUACACAACCAUCUGAAUGGUGUGUUAAGGAAAAGCGAUACUAGCAUUCUGAGACCAGGAAUGGAUCUCCUCCAAAGGUAGAGAGAGGAUCUGUUAUUCUUGUGUGCUGUUAUUUUCUGCUGUGCUGUGCAGUUAAUAAUGCAAUAACCUCCAUAUACUGCAUUGGUUGUGCAAGUGUUUGGUCACAUUUAAAUAUUUGUGAUUUGAAACUAUAUGGUUUGCAUUCGUUCUCAGAUUUAGUGAUCAUGCUCUGGCAUUUGUGGUUAUUUUAUAUGAAAAGUAUAUUUGAGUAUAGUCGAGAUCUAUAUAAUAUAAGAGCAGUUUUGCAAUAUUAUACACUACCUACUAAAAAAGAAGUCACACAUGCUAAUAUUUUAUUGAACCCCCCUUUAGUUUAAUUUGUGCUCCGCGAUGCUGUGGGCAGUUCAUGUGUAAAGAUGAUUUAUCAUGCUCCCCGAACCACUCUAUUACAAUACGAGUCCUGUAAUAUGCCUGUUCCAUCAGGACAGAAAAAAAGGGAUAAUCUGGUCAUUCAGUACAUUCCGGUCGUCAGCUGACUUCAUUUUGUACCACGUAACAUUUCUAGUCUACUGAGAGAACAUGUGAACUCCACACACACAGAUUUCAAACCCUCAGCCAUGUAGGUGUGAACUGACCGUGCUAACAAAAUUAGAAUAAAUAAAAUAGACCAUUGCAAAAAGUGACUUUUAUUUUGGCCAGAUAUUUGACGUUUCUAAUAUAUUUUGUAAAAAAAAAAAAUGGGCAAAAAGUAUUUUAUCACACUCUAGUAUUGUAUGUUUAAAAAUAGGCGCUAAGUCAUUAUAUUUUGCAUAUAACUGUGUAAAAGAACAAACGAUAUGAAGAUAUCACUUGUGUACGGUGUAAAUUAACCCUGUGACCUUUCAGGAUGCUCGGACCUGACUACUGACCUUUACUUCAUUCUUCACAUUUCAUUCCUACUGUGACGUUGAUAUCGAUGUUUUUUUUUUUUGUUUGUUUUUUAAAGCUCUGAAUGUAAAAGGUCAUCAGUGUGUAGCCUACCUCCCUUAUCAUGUUGUAAAUGUGAUGAUGCAGAAAGGUUAAAGAUGAAGCCUACAGAACGCAUCACUAAGUUACAUUCAGGUGUCAAACAAUGUGUAGUGAACCCUUGUUGCCUUUGAUAUGUGUAUAUUGUUGUAUGCAAAUAGAUAUUUUUGCAUGCAGUCAUUUUGUAACGUUCUGGUGAAAUGGUUGGUAUAUAUUCACAAGUCGAGUAUUUUUGUUUUUUAAUUCUUUUUUCACGUUUAGACCAAUCAUGUGCACUGGUAAUAAAUGCAUCCUAGCUGGC